ACCACCAUCUUUCCUGCAUGACGUCAUGUUGCACGGAUGGAAACAGUCGCUGAUGAUACUAUUAAUUCAAUGCAAAAACAGAUUGCGUUUUCAAGAGUGAUAGAUAUAUUCACCGAUUCUGUGCCAAAAAAGAAAGCACGGCAUCUGCGUGCUGCUGUAAGACGUUAGAUCAAUGGCGUCAUCAGAGUGGCGUCUGUGUUUAAAGCUGGUGGAUCAACCAUCUCUUCCCAAGUCGGUGCUCCAGUUUCCAGAGACUGAACCUGGAGAUGUUCCUCCCGGCGGGUAUCGGGUCUCCACUCUCAAGCAAUUGGUGUCAGCACAGAUCCCAGAUGCCAUACCAGAUCCUGAGCUCAUAGAAUUGGUGUACUGUGGUAGAAAGUUAAAGGAUGACUUGACUCUGGAGUCCUAUGGGAUUCAGUCUGGAUCCACUGUGCACAUCCUGAGAAGGUCAUGGCCAGAACCUGUGAUCCACCCUGAGCCAGUGGACAAGGUCGCGGCUGCGAGGGAAUUUCGAGUCUUGCAAGCAGCUCUUCACACCAGCACUGCAUACAGGGAUUCGGUGUUUAAGAUGCUGAACAACAAGGAAUCCCUCGACCAGAUCAUCGUGGCAACUCCAGGGCUGAGCAGCGAUCCUGUGGCUCUUGGGGUUCUUCAAGACAAAGACCUCUUCAUACAAUUCACAGACCCAAGCAUGCUUGACACUUUGGCCAAUUCCCACCCGGCACUGGUAAAUGCCAUCAUCCUGGUGUUGCACUCGGUGGCUGGCAGUGUGCCGCCCCAGCAGAGCGCCAGUUCCUCCAGAAAUGUGUCUUCUAGCUCUUACAGUGACAUGCCAGGAGGUUUCCUCUUUGAAGGCAUGUCGGAUGAUGAGGAAGAUUUCCAGUCGGUGAAUCGUGGUGGGCCGUCCUCUCUUGCGAGUGGUUUUGCUGGCAUGAGGCCAGCAACUCUCGGUUACAAUGGAGCCGUCGGCCCCAGACCCAUCACUCAAAGUGAGCUGGCCACGGCUUUAGCCCUCGCCAGCACCCCCGAGAGCAGUGCUGUUACACCAACUACUGGAAACCAGGGUCCCUCUUCAGGAGUGUCCCCUAUUCCUGCAGGCACUCCUAUAACAAACGACCUGUUUAACCAGGCACUGCAACAGGCCCUGCAGGUCUCCAGCAUGUCCAGCUUACACAAUCAGUGGCAGUCGCAGCUCCAGCAGCUGCGGGACAUGGGCAUCCGUGAUGAGGAGCUCAUCCUGAGAGCCCUGCAGGCCACGGGCGGAGACAUCCAAGCAGCCCUGGAGCUCAUAUUCGCUGGAGGUGCUCCAUGAGUCAGUUCUCUGAAGAAACAUUAUUAUGAUGUUCAAUAUUUUAACUACCUAUUUGAUAGUGUGAUUUAUCUUUAACUUAUAAUUAAGUUGUUUUUGUCAAUAUGUACAUUGAAUGCAGUUUUAAAAUAGAUAUACUUCAGAUUUCUCGCGUAGUUGUGAAUUUUAUCUCACAAUUCGUAGACUAAAAACUCAAAAUUGCGAGACAUAAACUUACAAUUGUGAUAAAAAUGUCAGAAUUAUAUCUAUUUUUUCAGGGGGAAAUAAGUUGAAGGCCUACGCUACAAUUUAUCACCUUUGCUGCUGUGUUAACUGUUAAUAUACUGUGUUUGUUUUAUCUAUUAUCCUGGCAAAUAAUGAUAACUAAAAGCUAACAUUUGCCUGUUCAGACAAUCCUUGUUGUUUUAUUAAAAUGUUCCACGAAUACCAUAAAAUUGGUUUCACUGUAAUUUGUAAGGAUGAAAGUCGGUAUCUAUUUUCUAAAUGCAUCGUAAUGAUCAUAUUGUGAAUGAUUCAUCCAUGCAUUUUUUUUUUAAUUAAAAUUUAUGGAAGCCCAUUUCUCCCACUUAGGAAAAAUUAUUAAAAAAUUAAACUUUUGCAAAUCAGAUACACCAAGUCUUUUAUGAGAUGAAGUCAAAAUUAUGAGAUAAAAAAAAUCUAAAUUAUGACAUUCUAAGUGAAAAUGUAUGACAGAAAGUAAUCAGAUUUUUUUUAUCUCAUUAUGUUGAUAUGAGUUUCAUAAUUAUGACUUAGUAUGCCAUUAUUUCAGCUUCUUAAUUCAACUUAUUAUGACUUUAGGAUGUCAUAAUUUUGACUUUUUAUGUCAUAAUUAAGAUUUGCAAAAGUAUGUUUUUUUCUGGGUUUCCAUAAAAAUGCCAUAUCUUCCGAGAAUGACAGACAGACUUUGUAACACUAAAUGUGACGGUUUUUAGAUAACAUUUUAACUGUUUACUGACUGGUAGACGAAGAUCAGUGGAAAGCAGCAUACAAAUCAACAAUAUAAUAAAUAUUAAUAAAAAAUAAGUGUACAUUUUUAAAGUACAAAUUGUGAA